UUUGUUAUCACCAUGUUUGCUCGAUACAAGCCCCUAUCAUCAGGCGACAGUGCUUCGGAACAUAGUCCGGAUCUCGACUCAACGCACAGACGACUCUACCGAGUGAUAGCACUAACAGUGCUUACAAUCGCUAAUGUCUGUGUACUAGGCUUGUCCAUAGCUAUCUGGCGCACCACACCUACCACCAGCCUUGCUACGCCCAACAUCCCCGAUGCACAACCCAGUGAACUUGCUAGAGUAGAGUCGCUUCCUAUAGAGUUCAUUCCUUUCUAUUGGAAUACGCCAUGGGGUUCGCCUAACGCGUCGGAAGCUGAUCGGCUAUGGGACAACAUCAACACUGCGCACGGUCAUAUCGCAGUGGCCCAUGAGUUCGCAGCAGAGAACCACUGGCCUUCCUCCCUGGACAUACCCGGAAAGCCUGGUAAAGGAUUGUAUCUCCUACAGGCCUACCACCAACUGCACUGCCUCCAAACUUCUCUAAGCGUUUUACUACAGCGUAUUGUUCGCGCCGCAUACUUAACUCUAAAGCGCCAAGAGCUCCCUAUCUUCCCUUCGGAUCACGUCCUGCAUUGCUUUGACGCCCUCCGUCAGCACAUAAUGUGCCACGCGGACAACACUCCACUCUAUGGCCACGGCCAUGGGACAGCUGGUGACGGACAGCUACACCAAUGCCGGGAUUGGAACGCGCUUAGGGAUUAUGCAACAAAGAAUACGGCGUGCUUUCGCGACGGUAAGCCUGGUAUGAGCUUUGAAGACCGGUUUGGCGUGUGUGAUGACGGAACAGAUGGCUUAGAGGAACAUGCGCCGGUACUGGCAGUAUCAUAGGAAGAUGUCUUGAGAAGCCGUUGCAUCAGGGUGAUGAGACCCUUCCGGGUCUCUAUAGGUUUUUCACAGUUUGAAUGUCGUUACUGCACUGUGUUAUCAACAUGGCCGAAUUCGGAUUUGAACAGCCAGCCAUGAUGUAUACCAUAGAGUAACUGUGCUAUACACUAUGUCUGCAAACAUAUUUUGCGCUAACAAUUAUGAUAAGGGGGCAGAAGAGCUCUACGCCAACAAAAAG